AUGUCACAGCGCGUGAAGGCGAAACUCAGGGAAAAAGCCAGAUCUUUCCAGGUCUGUGCAUGCAGUCUUGAAAAUUCCAUCGUUCGAGAGGCUCUCGGAACACGUGCUGUUUUGGUAGCCAUUGGUAUCCAUGGCCUCUUGAUGCAAAAGCUGGCCUGGAAUGAUGCUCUUGGCUCGCCCUGCAACGUUUUUUACCGGUACAUGACGAAGAAGACAAAUCUGCGGGGUUUAUGUCUUUCUUGGGUAUUCCAACUUGUUGGAGCCUUUGCGUCCCUCUAUCUCUCUUACGCCUGGUGGGGACUACGCCUGACCACUCAUCACGCCUCUCUCCUCAACCAGAAGGCCAUCAUCCUAGAAGCUCUUCAACGAGAAGGCGAAGGAGGCCCUUUUAGUAGGGGCUCCGGAAUAGCGCUUGAAGAACUCGGUGACCUACACGUGCCUGUCAUCGUAGGCGGGUUGAUUGAAGCCGGGGCUGCCUUCGUUGAUGUUGUUCUCUACACCGCACUGACAGCGUAUGUAGCUUUUCGGAAAAGCAAGAGCAGCGCCGAACCACCUGAACAGUGGUUCUUCCACGAAACUGUCGCCUUUUCUAUUCGACAGGCGACGGCCCUCUACAUCAUCUAUCUGUCCGUCUUGCGCCUCCCUAACGGCCUCCCUUGUUACAGAGUUUGCGCCAUACACUUUCUGCAUUUUCCCUUUCCAGGUCUUCCUCUCACUGGUGCCUACCUGAACGGUGUGAACGCAGUGGUCCAGACCUGGGGCCUCGGCAGGGCUCGCCAUCCCCUGGUUCACCUUUUUGUGUACUGGGUUAGCCCACUGGUGGGUAUUUGGACGGGCUUACACCUGGUCAAUUCCAUUAACCUCGAUCUGCAUUUGUGGAACCCCCUGCUCCGCACCCCUCUGGCGUCCGGAGCCGUUCUCCCUGUGGAGGCAGACGCACUCACAACGCCAGGUGGUGAAACCCCUCCCUCCCACGAGUCCCCGUCUACGUCUUCCCCCGUACCUAGUGGCAGUCUUCAACCAGCUGCUGCCUCCGAAUCUCCGAGUAUCGUUCGGUCUCGGUCGCUGGUAAGUUCUCGAUGCGCCACUUUCCUCCGUGUAAACGCAUGUAGUGCAGUCAAAGGGUGCUGGCCAGUUAACCUUGGGUGUCUGCGGGGUACAUUGAAACACCACAAUGUAUUUCAACUGUUGGUAGUGAAAUAUCACGCCGAUUACAUGUACACGUGUGUUACCGCGUGA